CACGUACAUAGCUAGCUAAUUUUACCAAAUAUUCAUUUAUAUAAGUAAAAGUUUCAAGAUCCACAUGACACAUACUACACUAUUGUGAACAAAAUUAGAACAACAAAAAAAAAAAAUGAAGAAAGUGAAUGUGAAAAGAGUGGAAGAUUUAGAAGAAGAAGAACAAUCAUUUCCUGUUAGCCCUACUGGGCAAUAUUUUACAAGUUCUGUGUUGUCAAUUUCAGUAAUUUCAGUUUUGGAAUCUGAAAUUCCUAUAGAUGAUUCUUGCACCAUGAUAUUGCUUAAGGAUGUUUUUCUCCCUAUUAAUCCUCGUUUCUCCUCUGUUAUGGUAAGAGACAAAAAUGGAGAUAAACGAUGGAAGAAAGUAGAAGUGAAGCACAAAGAUCAUAUAAUUGUGCCAAUUUUCCCAGAAGGAAAAGCAAAAGAAUUCUAUGAUAAUUGCUUCAAUGAAUACCUAACCAAAAUUGCUAUGGAACAACUUCCACAAUCUAGACCACUAUGGGAAAUUCACAUAUUCAAAUAUCCAACAACAAAAUCAGCUGGAAAUUUAGUGUUUAAACUUCAUCAUUCACUAGGUGAUGGAUUUUCACUAAUGGGAGCACUUCUUUCUUGUUUACAAAGAGCUGAUAAUCCUUCACUUCCCUUAACAUUUCCAGCAUUUAAUAGUAAUAAUUCCAAUUUGGAAAGUGAUUAUAAGAAGAGGUUUUGUACUAAUGUUGUACAAAAGGUUAGUGGGGUUGUGAAUACUUUGGUGGAUUUUGGAUGGAGCUUAUUGAAGAGUACUAACCUUGAAGAUGAGAGGACACCAAUUAGGUCUGGUGAUGAAGGAGUGGAGUUUAGACCAAUUGAUAUUACAACUAUGGAGUUUUCCCUUGAUCAUCUUAAGCAAAUUAAGUCCAAUCUUAAAGUGACCAUCAACGACGUUAUAUGUGGAGUUUUAUUCCUGGGAGUAAGAUUAUACAUGGAAGAGACGAGAUACGAGCAGAAAAAUGCAAAUUCAACAGCACUAGUGUUACUCAACACUAGAAAUAUUGCAGGAUAUAAAUCAGUAAAAGAAAUGUUGCAACCAAGUAAUGAAUCCAAAUGGGGAAAUCGAUUUGCAUUUUUACAUGUAUCAGUACCAAAAAUUAAUAAAGACGAAGAUUCAUUGACUAACCCUCUCGGCUUUGUGUUUAAAGCACAAAAUGUUAUUCAAAGAAAAAGGAAUUCCGCAGCUGUUAUUCUUACUGGAAAAUUGCUUGAUACUUUGCAAAAAUACAGAGGCCCUGAGGUAACGGCUAAGUACAUACAUAACACACUGAAGAACUCAAGCAUGACAAUAUCAAAUAUGAUUGGCCCAAUGGAAAAAAUGGCUUUGGCAAAUCAUCCUUGUAAAGGCUUGUACUUCAUGGUGGUUGGUGUACCUGAGAGUUUAACAAUAACAAUGAUGAGCUAUAUGGGAACAUUAAGAGUGGCAGUGGGAACAGAAAAAGGCCCAAUUGAUCCACAAAAGUUCAAAUGUAGCAUUGAGAAUGCCUUUGAUAGAAUUUUCAAAGCUGCUGUCCCUUCUGCUUCUUCAAAAACUCCAAAUUAAUUCAUAAAAUUUGGACUUAUAUUAAAUACUAUUCUUCUUCCAUGUUUUGCAAAAAAAAAAAAAGAAAGAAAAAACAAUGUGUUUUUGGAUUCGUAAUUUAUUUUCUUAAGCAUUGGAAAUUAAUGUUUUGUACUUGGAGGUGCAUCGUUGUAUUCAUUUGUUAACAAUGUAUUUUUCCCUCUAUUCUACUUGUAUUUUUAUUUUCCAAGAAAAGCA